AACACGUCACUCGCUGGCUGGCUGUCUAGUAUCUGGCGGUGUGGUUGUGUGCGGUCGGACUGUGGUUGUGUCUCAGGUCUGCUCGUGUUGAUAGCGACACACCGAGGACGCGUUUCAUCGCCGGGAGAUGGGAAUGCAGACGGGAUGGCUCUAAGACGAAUCGCCCUCACGCUGCUGGCCCUGUCCGGGCUGGCGGCCGUCGGUAGCGCUCUGCGUUGUAACUGCACAAACUGUGAGAAGACGGGCUUCGAGUGUGAGACGGAUGGCGCCUGCAUGGCCUCCACAUACAACAUCGAGGGGGAUGAGCAACAUGUACGCAUCUGUAUAAACCGGGACCACCUGGUCCCCCCUGGACAGCCCUUCUACUGUCUGAGUGCCGAAGGGCUGCUCAACACACAUUGCUGCUAUGAAGAUUACUGCAACAGUAUUGACCUGAAAGUUCCAGUCCCAACAAAGAGUGGAGACUGGUCAGGUUCAGGAGGUCCCUGGGGGCCAGUGGAGCUGGUGGCGGUCAUCGCAGGCCCUGUGUUUCUGCUAUGUGUGCUGCUGAUGGUCGGAGUGUUCCUGUUCCAGUAUCACCAGAGAGCCUACAGCCACAGGCAGAGGCUGGAGGUAGAGGACCCCUCCUGUGACCAUCUGUACUUGGCCAAGGACAAGACCCUGCAGGACCUCAUCUAUGACAUGUCCACCUCCGGGUCUGGCUCUGGUUUGCCCCUGUUUGUGCAGCGGACGGUGGCCAGGACCAUUGUGCUGCAGGAGAUAAUAGGAAAGGGUCGUUUUGGUGAAGUGUGGAGGGGCAAGUGGCGAGGAGGAGAUGUGGCGGUGAAGAUCUUCUCAUCCAGAGAGGAGCGCUCCUGGUUCAGAGAAGCCGAGAUCUACCAGACAAUCAUGCUGCGACAUGAGAACAUCCUCGGAUUCAUUGCAGCAGACAAUAAAGAUAAUGGCACUUGGACUCAGCUCUGGCUGGUGUCAGACUAUCAUGAGCACGGCUCCCUGUUUGACUACCUGAACCGCUACUCCGUCACCAUCGAAGGCAUGAUCAAACUCGCCCUGUCCGCCGCCAGCGGCCUGGCUCACCUCCACAUGGAGAUCCUCGGCACUCAGGGUAAGCCUGGUAUUGCUCACCGUGACCUCAAGUCUAAAAAUAUCCUGGUUAAGAAGAACGGCAUGUGUGCUAUAGCUGACCUCGGCCUGGCAGUCCGCCACGAGUCCAUCACAGACACAAUCGAUAUCGCACCGAACCAGCGCGUGGGCACGAAGAGGUAUAUGGCUCCAGAGGUUCUGGACGAAACCAUCAACAUGAAACACUUUGAUUCCUUCAAGUGUGCCGACAUCUAUGCGCUGGGUCUGGUGUACUGGGAAAUUGCGCGUCGCUGCAAUACAGGAGGUAUCCAUGAGGAGUACCAGCUGCCCUACUACGACCUCGUCCCCUCUGACCCCUCCAUAGAAGAGAUGAGGAAGGUGGUGUGUGACCAGAAACUGAGGCCCAAUGUGCCCAACUGGUGGCAGAGCUACGAGUCACUGCGCGUAAUGGGGAAGAUCAUGAGGGAGUGCUGGUACGCCAACGGCGCGGCCAGACUGACCGCCCUGCGCAUCAAGAAGACUCUGUCCCAGCUCAGCGUGGAGGAGGACAUCAAAAUGUGAGGAUCAGGCGCCGUCAAAACAGUUGACGCACCGAAGACGCGCAGCCAGACCACACUCCAAUAGGAAAGAAACACUAAAGACAGACUGCAAAUGAAAACCCUGCCAGUUUUAAAGCCACACUCCAAGUUGUGACAAGGCCUACCUCACCUUUUUAGCCAAAACUACUGAGAACCCCCCCUCUCUCCCUUGUCCUUAACUUUUAUCUCCCCUUCCAUCCUCGUGUCUCCCCCCCCGUCUCCCUCGACCCCCUCUCUUCUCCAUGGGCCACAACACUACCACUGUUAAUACCAUCACACUCAACCGUUCUGUUUUCAUUUCCCAUGGCAGGAAUUAUUACUAUUGUACAGCGACGGGAUUUGUUUGUUUUUUUUAAAUCUUUUUUUACCUCUGAAACUUUUCCCGUGAUGGACUAACCUUGUCCGGAAGAGCCGAGCAUGUUGUGGGUUUGAUGUUUUAGAGACAUAACACUUUAUAACACGCCCAUGUUGCGGAAAGAGGCUGAAGAGCUGUGUCUCGUCGCGUCCGGACCACGAGACACUCGGACGUCCUCCGGUCUCGGCUGUAGUUCAUUAGACAGAAGCAGUUGUCGGCCAUUCAUUCUGUUGAUUUUUAGCAUGAACAGCUGGAAUGUGUAUUUUCUUUUUUUUAAAUCCUACAGACAGAAAUUAGUUGCACUCAACUGUAGCUUCCUCAUCAUGUGUGAGACCUUCAGGUAUAACCCUUAAUCAGUCCUGGUGUUUAAGUGUGAAAUGUGGCAGGGAUAAUGUUUUGGGAGGGUUUUAAUUUUUAAUUUAUUUGUUGAUAUUUUUUAUUUCAUAUUUUGAUGAACACUGUGAGAUUGAGAUGUGACAAGCCAGAGUCGUGAUAUGAAAUGUGGUGUUGUCGUUGAGUCCGAGCUUUCACCGCCAUCUUCCAGACGAUGGAGGAGGAGGAGGAUGAUGAUGAUGUGGAUGAUGUGGAUGAUGAGGAUGAAGAUGAAGGGGUUGUUGCAUUCUUUUAAUAAAACACUCGGUUCAGAUCUGGAUGUAGCUGUGACGCCCUUUAGUGAAAAGGCAAUGACAUCGUGCACACUGAGCAAAUAAGAAGCGUAUGAAAUGGCAAUGAAAAUACUGUUUAUUGUUUUGUUUUUUUUCCUCAAUUAUAUUUUGUGUUUUAUAUAAAGAUAUCAUGAUGGGGUAAUUUUUUUUUUUCUUUUGACAUUGACACUACUGAUGGGUACAUAUGAUUUGUAUAUAAAACAUGCAUUUGUUCCUUUUAUACCACAAGCACCAGUGUGAUAUGUUCUUGCUUGAAUGGUACUUUUCAGAAGUCUGUUAUGUGAUCUGUCCGCAUGGUGUCUAACUGUGCCAGGAAGUAGACGGUGUCAUUUGCUGGAAUUUUCUUCUUUUUUUUUUUUUUCACUUGCUCCUCUCAUGGCAAUUCGGUGGUACUACUGAUCCCAGUUGAUUUAAUUUUUUUUUUUGUUCCUUGCAUCUUCUGUUUUUAUUUUGAAAUGUAUAUUUGUUGGAAUCACUUUACGAGUUCUUGUCAGAGCUCAGUGAUGCAGACCUGCUCCUACAUACGACCUCUUUCUCAUUGACACUGGAAUAUUACGGCGCAUCGUGUAAAAACCCUGAAUGCCGAUUUAGCCACCGGUGGUGUUCGAAGGCGGCCGGUGGCGGAUCACACGCAGGGAUCAUGCAGUUAGAUGUGAAAAGCAGCUCAGAGGUUUUUACUUCAAAGACGGACUUGCUGUAAAGUGAAACUGCACGUUUUCAUUGUCCUCUUGUCGCCUGCAGCUGCGAGUGGCUGCGGACGAGACUAUCAAAGUAUUACACUGACGUUUUGUCACCAUCAGGCUCUGCACUGUUACGUCCACAUGGACUUUAGUUAAUGUUCAUUACGUCAUCACUUGAUCAAGAAUCCGUGUCAUGUUGUUUAUCCAUUUUGCAUGCUGUCUCAAACACUGGCUCCUCUGCACUAAGGUGGAUGAAUUCUUGAAGUCUUUCCCUCUUCCUGCCUGUUGUUAUUUCUUUCUGAAGACCUCCUUGUGUUCAGGUUGUUGGCUGUGUACCCCGACAUGUUGCUGCUACUGUUAACAUGGGGAGAGGUUCGACAGGCAGAGUGGAGAAGAGCUGGGGAGGAGGGGAGGGGGAUGGGAGACUUCUGUCACUUGAACCAAAACAGUCAAAAACACUCCAGUCCAUGUUUGGUUUGUUGCCAUGGGUAUGUGUUCAUCAGACAUCCUGUUCAUUGUGUAAUUCUUCAAGAUUCAAAAAUCAUGUUGUGCAAAAAUCUUUUCAGAAUUAGUUCAAAAGUGUAAAUAGAUGAGAUACAAUAAAUUCCUCUUUUUCUUA